AUGUGGUCAGCUGAUGAAAUUGCUGAGCUAUGUUACCUGCAUUAUAGGACCAGACUCCCUAAGCAGGGGAAACCAGAUCCAAACAGGGAAUGGACUUCACUUGCAGCUGUUGUCAAAGUGGAGUCUGCAACCCAAAGAGAGGUUCUUGCUAGUCCAGGGAAUCUGCAGGUAACAAAGGAAGUUGUUGCUAUGGGAACUGGAACAAAAUGUAUUGGCCAAAACAAAAUGAGAAAAACUGGAGACAUUCUGAAUGACAGUCAUGCUGAAAUUGUGGCCAAGAGGAGCUUCCAGAGGUAUCUUCUCCAUCAGAUGUGGCUGGCAGCUUCCCAUCAGCAAUGCAGUAUCUUUAUUCCAGGAACUGAAACUGGGAAAUGGAAACUCAAACCAAAUAUCGUAUUUGUUUUCUUCUCCAGUCAUACCCCAUGUGGAGAUGCUUCUAUUAUUCCAGUUAGUGAACCAGACAUACAGGUUUCUAAGCCUGUGAUUGGACAUGAUGCAGCUGGACAAUCAGCAGAGUGUAGAAGUAACCAUGAUCAUUUGGGUCCAAAAGAUAAAAGGAAAUCGGAGAAAAUGGCAAGUGAUCCUGUAAUCAAGAGAAUGAAAACUGAUGGUGAUGGUUAUUUUUCUGUAAUCACUGAAGACCUGGCCGUUCAGCAAGUAUCUGUGAAACAAGACGACGACGCAAAUCCAAAGAGCUGUGAAUGUUCUGCAGAGAUGCAAACAGCUAAUAAGGAGACUGGCUUAGGAAGACCGAAGGUAGUAGAUGUUUAUAGAACUGGAGCAAAAUGCGUACCUGGAGAGCUUGGUGAUGCCCGAAUACCUGGGCUAGGGUAUCACUGUGUGGGAUUAUUACGAGUGAAGCCAGGUCGUGGGGACAGAACAUGCUCUAUGUCCUGCAGUGAUAAACUGGCUCGCUGGAAUGUGUUAGGGUGUCAAGGAGCUCUUCUGAUGCAUUUCCUGCAGCAUCCAGUGUAUCUGUCAGCAAUUAUAGUGGGGAAGUGCCCAUAUAGCCAAGAAGCUAUGCGGAGAGCAAUUAUUGAAAGGUGUCAGCACAUCGCAUUUUUACCAGACGGUUUUCUUGCUCAGGAGGUUAAGCUGCUGCAAUCGGAUCUUCGAUUUGAACAUAGCCGUCAGGCAAUUCAGGAAGUUAAAACCAACAGCAAAACAAAACUUGUUCCUUGUAGUGCAGCUAUCAGUUGGAGCGCAGUCCCUGAGCAACCUCUGGAUGUCACCUCAGAUGGCUUCCGGCAGGGAACAACAAAGAAGCGGAUUGGGAGCCAUCAGAGCAGAUCCAAGAUUUGUAAAGUGGAACUCUUCCAUACAUUCCAAAAGCUGGUGACAAGUAUAUCACAAGAGGAUCUACCAGAUACUCUCCGGAUGAAGACUUUAGAAACCUACUGGGACUACAAGGAAGCUGCGUUAAAUUAUCAAGAAGCCUGGAAAGUGCUGCGUAGCCAAGCCCUGCCGGGUUGGGUCAAGAAUGCCAAGGAAUACCUGCACUUCACAUGA